AUGAAUGCUCAACCGUGGAAAUUAACAAUUCAGAAAGUUUCACAAUCGUUAGAGGAAUGGGUUUUGCGCGAAUUAUUUACGGAUAAAGAGCAAUGCAUAAAUGAGGGCAUGCUUUGGGAUAUUAUUGUCAAAUGGGCAAUUGCACAAAAUGAUUUGAAACCUUAUAUGAAAGCGGAUGAAUGGACGAUGGGAGAGUGUAAAAAGAUAAAAGACAGGAUAAACAGAUUCUUGUAUUUGAUUAGAUUUUCGGAUAUCUCAAGAAAUGAUUUCGUGGAAAAAGUUUUACCUUAUAAAAGAAUAUUAAUGAACAAUGACGAACUAAUAGAGAACAAUGAUGCAUUAAAGUAUUAUCUAAAUGAACAAUUUAUUAAGCAUAAUGAUAAAUCAAGACUCAGUUCACCGUUAUUUUUCUCUCGAUUAUCGAAUCCAUUAUCCGCGUCGACAUCAUCAUCUCUACAUAUACCGAGAAUUAAACUUCAAGAUUCCGUGAUCAUAAACCAUACGCAUGCCACACAAAUUGCAAAGUGGAUUCUCUCUUCCUCGAAAAAGUCCAAAAGAAAUUCUUUUGGCGCUACGACCAUAAAUGAAUCUAAAAAAUCUUUAUUUCGAUUCACAAAUCGUCGUUCAUCCGCAGAUAACAUAAAACAAACGCAAUUUCAUUUCAAGUUAUUGUAUCGGAAAAGUGCAAAUGUAUUUCUUAAUUAUCAUACGAAAUGUGAUAAUCAAGGGCCAACUUUAGUUGUGGCUAAAGUACACGGGAAAAAGACUGUGGUAGGCGGCUAUAGUCAUAUUGGAUUGAGCCCACUCAAUACGGAGAUUGAGGAUCUAGAAGGUGCAAAAAUGGACAAUUGUGUAAUGUCGCGAAUUCUUGGUGGUUACGCUAAAUACGCGAUACGAAACACACAAAAUGGUCCACGUUUUGGUGUACAUGAUUUAGAACUAGAUAUUCGGGAAACAAAAGACGACAGACUACAAAAAUGUCAUGCUUUUCCAGUGUGUUAUGAACGAGCAGUGUUGAACAUGAGGGAAUUUACAAUUGAUGAAUGUGAAGUGUUCCAGGUUUUAAAAGUUUGA